GACGCGUGACGCAUCUCCCAGCCAGCCAGCCGCAUCUGAGGACCGCUGGGCGAAGAUGGCGGACUCGCUGUCGACGGGUCUGGGAGAGGAGAAAGAUAAGGAGACGGGUGACACGGAGCGGGACAGGAAGGCUGCCCACGCCGAGAAGAACACGAAGGGCGACGGCGUCACGGAGACGUUGGGAUUCAGCGACAAAAAUGGCGGCAGCAUGGGCAAGAAACGCAACCUGUCAGACUUGUCUCUGGUCAGAUUUAUAACUACUGAGCUCACCAGAGGCUACUUCCUGGAACACAAUGAGGCGAAAUACACGGAGCGCAGAGAGCGUGUCUACACCUGCCUCCGCAUCCCCAAGGAGCUGGAGAAGUUGAUGACAUUCGGCUUCUUCCUGUGUCUGGAUGCCUUUCUCUAUGUGUUCACACUGUUGCCCCUCAGAGUGAUUCUGGCCCUUUUACGACUCCUCACGUUGCCAUGCUGUGGCCUCGGUGGCUCCCGGCUGCUCCAGCCAGCCCAGGUGUGUGAUGUGCUGAAAGGCUUCAUCAUGGUGCUGUGUUACUCAAUGAUGAGCUACGUGGAUUACGCCAUGAUGUACCACCUCAUCCGGGGGCAGUCUGUCAUCAAAUUGUACAUCAUCUACAACAUGCUAGAGGUGGCGGAUCGCCUGUUCUCAUCAUUUGGCCAGGACAUCCUGGACGCUCUGUACUGGACAGCCACAGAACCCAAGGAGAAGAAGAGAGCACACAUAGGGGUGAUUCCUCACUUCCUCAUGGCCGUGCUCUACGUCUUUCUUCAUGCCAUCCUCAUCAUGGUUCAGGCCACAACUCUCAAUGUAGCCUUCAACUCCCACAACAAGUCUUUGCUCACCAUCAUGAUGUCAAACAACUUUGUGGAGAUCAAAGGAAGUGUGUUUAAGAAGUUCGAAAAGAACAACCUCUUCCAGAUGUCGAACAGUGAUAUAAAGGAGAGGUUCACCAACUACAUCCUCCUGCUCAUCGUUUGUCUGAGAAACAUGGAGCAGUUUUCAUGGAACCCUGACCACCUGUGGGUGCUGUUUCCCGAUGUAGUCAUGGUGAUAGCAUCAGAGGUUGCCGUGGAUGUGGUCAAGCACGCUUUCAUCACCAAAUUCAAUGACAUCAGCGCUGAUGUAUACGGUGAAUAUCGAGCCAGCCUCGCCUUUGACCUUGUCAGCAGUCGACAGAAAAAUGCUUACACAGACUACAGCGACUCAGUGUCCAGGAGAAUGGGCUUCAUCCCUCUUCCUUUAGCUCUGCUGUUGAUCAGAGUAGUGACCAGCUCAGUGAAAAUCCAGGGUUCACUCUCCUUUAUGUGUGUGUUGCUGUUUUACUUGGGGAUGAUCACUCUGAAGGUGCUGAACAGCAUCGUUCUUCUGGGGACGUCUUGUGUGUUCGUCAAAGAGGCGAAGAUGGAAGAAAAGCUCUUCGACCCGCCACCUUCUGUCGUCUCCAGCCGCGUCAACUCCAGAGCUCACCGGACCAAACACGUCCACACGUCACCGCAGCAAGCCACUGCAGACAAAGGGGGAACACCACUGGCAUCAGACAAUUCUCAGCCCAACGCCACUGCGGAGACCUCUGCCCCGACACUUCCCAAGAGCGACUCGGACACAUUCCUGACGACACCUGACGAAGAGGAUGACGACAAAAUCAUCAACGCCGACACGGGCCUGGAAGGAGACGGACUCAAAAGCAGAACUCCCAAGAAAGACUUGCUAGAGAUAGACCGCUUCACCAUCUGUGGCAACAGAAUAGACUGACCACCGUAGGAACAACCAGUCAGUGUCUUGGGAACGUGGCGAGAUUCAGGGAUGGGACACGGGUCACGGAGCGCGCUCAGAGCAGACUUCCUCUCGUGCACCUGAACCCUGGAGUAUUUAUUUAUUUAUUACUGACAAAACCAGCCAAGGCAUCAAGCUGUUACAGACAAGCACCAGAGGCUGCUUCAGAUGUUUCCAGCUGGUCCAGUCCAUUUCAGGUAGACUCAAAGGAUGUAGUCGCAGUCGUCAUUGCAACCUGCAGAAAUGGACUUUUAAUGAUAGCAAUGCAGAAAAACUCAUGUGCACAGCUGAAGCAGAGCAGGUAGAGACAUGAAACAAGACCGCACAGGUAAAAGUAGUGUGUGACCGUUGGGACGUGACAGCUGGACUGUGCAAGCGUGUGUUCAAAAGCACAAUCGUAACUUACUGCGAGGAGCUGUACGUUACUUUACGUUUUUAAAUUUUUUUUUAUUUCAAAAUAUUUUAAAAAUUAUGAUAUUUCAAAUGAAGUUUUUAUGAAAAUUCUCAGACCUUCUUCCUAAAAAUCGACCACGUUCAGCGGCGGGAUGUAGACUCGCCAUCACACAAACACAUUGAUGAAAAUCUCAAAGUCGUUUCGCAGACAGACCAACACAUUUUCAGCCAUUGUUUUAUUUUUAUUUUUUAUUAUUGAGUUAAUGUGAUGAGCCCAGAUGUUUAGAAGCUGAAGGUCAACAGGGUGGCAGCGGUGGGCAUUGUCUUUGACCAGCAUCUUCAGGUUACACAGUUUGGACACAGUUCAAAGUUCUGGGGGUUUUUACGUAUAUGACAUGACAUUUGUUUUAAUAAUGUUACUUUGAAACACUGAGAGAAACAGUGCGUUUGUUAAGGGCCCCAGUGGUAUUUUGACAUGAUCUCCAAGCCAGACAGGUUUAGCAUGUAUGCUCAUCACUCAAGCAUGCAGCCUCAGAUAAUCACUGCAUCAACAUAGUCAUAUAGCAAAUUUUUAUAUUGGAAACUGUGAAUUGCUGAAAUGUCUUGGUGAAGUGCGACUGUGUGUGCUUGGUCUCAUUUCACAUUCAUGGUGUGUGACACCAGCGUCGACUUAACAUGUUUUCUAGUUUUUUCACCAUUAUCUUCACGGUGAAAUAGAAAAAAAAAAUGUCAAGGGGUACGGUAUCCGUUCCCAAGGCUAAGACACAGCUGUGAGUGUGAGCUGUCAGAUCUAAAUGACAGGAAUCAUCAUGAAUAGCUUUGUCAUCUCAUGAAAGCAGGGAACCCAGCUAUUUUUCUUGAAUUUUAGGUAAAAAUCAGGUUUGACUCCUAAAGGUUUCUGCUGUUGUUUGGUGUGGUUGGCUGGUGGUCUUGAGUUUUUGGAAGAAGUUCUCUGCAAAACCCCACGUACUAAACAGUCUUAACUGUAAAUGCUGUGGAGUCUGAAGGAGCUGUUUCAUCAAGUGUGUGUAUCGAACAAAUCUGCUCUCGAGUCCUGGACUGAAGUUGAGUUCAACCAAGCUCUGUUUUUUUUUACUCAUGUAAUAUCAGUACAUGCAAGCAAAAGUGCUAAACGUUUGUUGUUGUCUCUUUGAAAAAAUAAAUGGUGAUCUACUGUCAAAGGUGAUCUUUGAAAAAGUCAGAAGACUUAAUAAGAGUUUAGCGACAUUUCUUAUUGGUCUGAUGAUAUGUCUGGAAUCACCAGGCUUAUCAAACAAGCUGAGUUCCAAGCUCUAAAAUAUCCUCAAUUUGCUCAAUUUGUAGGGAUUUAUUAUCAGAUUUACACUCUUCUACACUCGUCUAUGUUGCCAUGAUACAAAGUUUGUAUACAAAAUAACGUAUAAUUGUAUUUUUCAUGCAAAACAAGUAAGAAGUUAAUGAAUUUCAAGUAACAACUUGGGAAAUUAAUCAUAAAGGUCUUACACAGUGUGAAGUCCUAGUGUCGGAUCAAAACCUCUUGACUGAGGAGCAAACAAACCCUUUACCAAAACACAUUAUUCAUUGAGUGCAAGUGAUAGGACAGUCUAUGGAUUGUUUUGUUUUUUUAAGAUUUGUUCGUGACUAUGAGUAUAUAAACUCAGAGCAGGAGAAAAUAUUGUUAAUGUGCCACCAGGCACGUAUUGUUCAGACAAACUGAGGCUUGGCUCAGUUGUGACUUCAAAUCUACUGGUUGUACAUGAGAGGCACAAACCUGAGGUACAACCUCACAACGGGAGGAUGGUCAAAACAGUCAAAUAGAUGCAUAUAUGCAAAUGAAGGAUAGUGUGUGUGUGUAUCAUGAUAGUGUGAAGUGUGCGUGUUUGUAUGUCAGAGAGAGAUUGCAGUGCAUGAAUGGUUCUCACUACCUACUGUAUAAAAUAGAUAUUUGAUGUUUUUUUUUAUUUUUAAUGUACUGUGUAAAGCAUCUCCUUAAAUGGCAGAAGGAGAAUAAAACACAAUUUUUUUGUAA